AUGGCCGUGCUUGGGAUUGAAGAAUUCCUUGUGGCGGUUCUUCUUUUUGUUUUAAUCCAUUUCUGGUGGCUCAACAGACACACACCCAUCACUAAAUGGCCCAUUCUUGGAAUGCUACCUAGUGUCUUGCUCAACGCGUCCACCAUCCAUGAUUAUGCCAAUUCAGUUCUGAAACAUCAUGGUGGUAAUUUCAUGUUUGAAGGACCAUGGCUAACAAACAUGAACUUUUUUGUGACCAGCGACCCGAUGAACGUGCAACACAUCACAACCACAAAGUUUGAAAACUAUGGUAAAGGGAAUGAUUUUAGAGACAUUUUUGAAAUCCUGGGAGAUGGGAUUUUCAGGUCUGAUUCCGAGUUGUGGAAGUAUAACAGAACUAUACUUCAUUCAAUUUUUAAGCAGCCAAGUUUUCAGUUUUUUAUUUACAAAACCAUUCAGAAAAAGGUCGAGCAUUCUCUACUUCCAGUUCUCGAUCAUGCAUGGAAAGAAGGAAUGCAGGUGGAUUUACAAGAUGUUUUUCAAAGGUUAACCUUCGACAACAUCUGCUCCUUGGUUUUAGGAUUCGAUCCUAAUUGCCUUUCAAUUGAAUUCCCAAAUGUUGCAUGUGAGAAAGCCUUCAAUGAAGCAGAGGAUGCACUGUUAUACAGACAUAUCAUGCCAAGAUGCUUAUGGAAGCUACUGAAAUGGCUUCAAGUUGGGAAAGAAAAGAAGCUCAAAGAAAGCCAGAAAAUUAUUGACAAAAUGUUAUAUGAAGAAAUCAUAUCCAAACGCAAAAUGCUUGGCGGUGGUACUGGUAGUAGUACCCUGGCUGAUGAGUCAGGGUUGAACUUGCUAAAUGCUCUUGCGAAUGAAAUAGGAAAGGGAAAAAUUGAUGACAAGUUUCUUAGAGACACAGCAGUGAAUCUCCUUGCAGCUGGAAGAGACACAAUUAGUGCAGGCCUCUCUUGGUUUUUCUGGCUCGUCUCAACACACCCAUUUGUGGAAGCUAAGAUUCUUGAAGAGAUCAGAGAAAAUUUACCAGAAACAGAAGGUGAUUGGAAGGAUUUAGGUGUGGAAAGUCUUAACAGGUUAGUUUAUCUUCAUGCAGCUAUAAGUGAAGCCUUAAGGCUUUAUCCUCCAAUACCUUUUGAGCACAAAUGUGCAUUAAAAUCUGAUAUUCUUCCUAGUGGUCAUAGGAUUAAUUCAAAUACCAUGAUAACGUACUCCCUGUACUCAAUGGGGAGGGUAGAGGAAAUAUGGGGAGAAGAUUGCUUGAAAUUUAGACCAGAGAGAUGGAUUUCUAAUAGAGGAGAGAUUAUUCAUGUACCCUCUUACAAGUUCAUUGCUUUCAACGCUGGACCAAGAAGUUGUUUGGGUAAGAAUAUAAGCUUCACUCAGAUGAAGACUGUUGCUGUUGCUUUGUUGUUGAACUAUCACAUCCAUGUGAUGGAAGGCCAUCCUAUAAUCCCUGGUGUUUCCGUUGUCCUGCAUAUGAAACAUGGCUUGAAGAUUAUGCUGACAAAAAGAAGCAUGUGA